CACGUAGCGGAUGCGCACGAGGAGGAAGUGGGUUUUGUCGGUCUGCCUGGUAAGCUGGUUUUGAUGAACGCAGUCAGAGUGGGUUUUUCACUUUUCAUUGUGCGGUUAUGAUGAUCCUGCUGCUCCUUCUGCUCCUGCUGCCGGAGUCCGGACACAGCGCCUGUUUCUGUCAGCUUACAGGUGAUCUGGAUGACUGCACUUGCGAUGUAGAGACAAUCAAUGAGUUCAACAAUGGCCUUCUUUACCCCGAACUUCAGACGCUGCUUGAAUCGGACUAUUUCAGGUUCUACAAGGUGAACUUGAAUAAGCCGUGCCCUUUCUGGACAGCCAGCAGUCAUUGUGGCCUGAGAGACUGUGCCGUGGAGCCCUGCUCUGCUAAUGAGGUGCCAGAGGGAAUCCGAUCCUCCUCCAACAAUAAGUAUUCAGCAGAAGCAAAUGAGCCACUGGAUGAGUGUGAGAAGGCAGAGCAGCUUGGAGCGGUAGAUGUCUCACUCAGCGAUGAAACCAAAGAGGCUCUGCUGCAGUGGAAUGAACAUGAUGAUGAGGCCGAGCGCUUCUGUGUGUUUGAAGAUGAGGAUUCACCAGACUCCCAGUAUGUGGACCUGCUGAUUAACCCGGAACGCUACACAGGCUACAAAGGAGUAGAGGCCUGGCAAAUCUGGAACAGCAUCUAUGAAGAGAACUGCUUCAAACCAUAUACUAUCAAGAGACCUUUAUAUCCCAGCACCCUCCACAGCAGUACGGGAGCAGAAGAAUGGAGCUUCUACCACUGGCUGGAAGGUCAGUGUGUGGAGAAGAGGGCUUUCUACCGUCUCAUCUCUGGUCUCCAUGCCAGCAUUAACAUACACUUAAGCUCCAGAUACCUCUUGCAUGACAGCUGGUUCCAGAAGAAGUGGGGUCACAAUGUGACAGAGUUCCGGCGGCGCUUUGAUUCUGAGCUGACAAGUGGGGAGGGGCCAAAGAGGCUCCGCAAUCUUUACUUUCUGUACCUGAUAGAGCUACGAGCGCUGACUAAAGCUCUCCCAUUCUUCCAGCAGCCAUCUUUUAAGCUGUACACUGGCCAACCCGACCAGGACCAGAUCCAUAAGGAGAAGCUGCUGCACAUUCUGCAGCUGGCCAGGGCUUUCCCUUUGCAUUUUGAUGAGACUUCGCUGUUUGCUGGGGAUGAAAAGGAAGCAGCCAAACUAAAGGAGGACAUCAGACUGGCCUUCCUGAACAUAUCCAGGAUUAUGGACUGUGUGGGCUGUUUCAAAUGUCGACUGUGGGGGAAACUCCAGACUCGGGGAUUAGGCACAGCAUUAAAGAUUUUGUUUUCAGAACGACAGAUUGAAGCUCUACCAAAUUCCACAGUCCAUAGACCCCUUUUCCAGCUCAACCGACAGGAGAUCGUCUCCCUUCUCAAUGCCUUUGGAAGGAUUUCUACAAGCAUUAGAGAGUUGAAGAACUUCAGAUCUCUGCUGGAUGAGGAGCGGUGAUGGAGGUGAGAGGAGUCUUCCGCCAGUCUCCCUUUGAACUACCAACAUGGAUUUUGCAUCCACCCGUCCGACCUUCCCCUCAGCGUUGGUCCUGCUGAAAUGUCCUCAUCACUGUUCACUAUGCAGUAAAAUUUUUAAAAAGUAAUCUGCAGUUUUGACUAAUUUUACUUGUCAGUACUCAUCAUUACAAAAGUGGUGUAGAAUAUUUUUAUGGAAAACAGUCUUAAUAUAAACCAUAAGUAAUCAUGAAAUGAAACAUUCAAUUCUUAAUGUGUGUGUCCUGAUAUGUAGAAUUUGAUUUACACUGCUCAUGUGAUUUUUGUAAGAUAAGAUUUUAUGUUUCAAUUUAUUAAAAAAAA